AUGACCUCAGCGCACACGUACAUAACAAUAAUGCUUUUAUAUGCUCUAGCUAGUUCUGACCAAGACCAUCUAUAGAAUCUAUCUGCAACUCCAAUGAAGCUGUAUAGCUGUAUAGCUAGCUAGCUCGAUCCCAGGCCCCUGCAGGAAAGAAGUUGAAGGAUGGCAAGUUCUGGAGGAUAUGUGUCAGCCCAGAAAAAUGGCCUUGCAAUCAUCAUCACCAAUGACUACAAAGAAACAAACUUGCAAUAUCUCACUGGAGCGCACAUUGAUGGAGAUAAAAUGGAGCGAGUGUUCGUCAACUUGGGAUACGAUAUUUGUCGCUGGAAGAACUAUACAAGUCAUCGAUUGCAUGAGUCCUUACACCAAAUUAUUUCAGACAUUGGACAUUCAAAUUACGGCUGCAUUGUCGUAAUAUUCUCUGGUCAUGGUACUGCAGAUGUGGACAAAAAACGGACCUAUUUUUUUGCGCAGGAUUACGAGUGUCAAAAGUUUCCUGUCCACGAGAUGUUGAACUAUUUCAUGCCAAAAUUUUCCCCUGCUAUUGCUACAACACCCAAAGUGUUUCUGAUCGACUCUUGCUUGGGAGAUACGGAUACGUACAAAGAAGCUGUAAUUGUUCCUAAAAGUGGAUGUGCUCCUGAUUUUAGAACGGAGGCACCCAUCACGGAAAAGGGUGGACAACUUAUUCCAACGAUUGAUGUGCCUCCAGAGGGAAACUUUAUCUUGGCAUACUCAACAAGCAUUGGAUAUCGAUCGUACGAAAGAGAACAUGGUGGAAUAUGGUUGAACUGUUUAGGGAAUAAGAUUCAAGAAAAAGCACAUUGUGACUCGGUGAUGAAUAUUUUGACUGGUGUGAAUGGAGAUCUUUUACAAAUGUACCAACAGAAGACUUUCAGGCGAGCCAUGACCCAGCCUUCCCUCAUCGGUCAGUCUCACGGUACCGUCUACUUCAUGCCACAGCAGCAGAGCCUGGGAGCAAUGGCUGACUUCAUGCCACAGCAGCAGAGCCUGGGAGCAAUGGCUGACUUUGUGCCACAGCAGCAGAGCCAGGGAGCAAUGGCUGACUUUGUGCCACAGCAGCAGAGCCAGGGAGCAAUGGCUGACUUCAUGCCACAGCAGAGCCAGAGAACAAUGGCUGACUUCAUGCCACAGCAGAGCCAGGGAGCAAUGCCUUACUUUGUGCCACAGCAGAGCCAGAGAACAAUGGCGGUGCACAAUGGGACUCUACCAGCUGCUGAACAUGAGUCCUCUUCCCUGAAUGUUUCGAUGAGGGUGAUGAGUAUCCAUGAAUCUCCCAGUACUGCUCAAACAUUCAGUCCACCGAUAAGCUGUCAGACACACCUUAACAACAUGCAGCAAGCCAGGAGGAUAUCAGAGCUGCGAUACGAUGACAUUCAGAACUCUAUGGGGAAAUUUCUUGCCAAGGUGACCUUCAAGUUGUCGGUAACGAACAAAACACUCUCCUUCGAAAGUGACCCCAAAGUGCACUUGAAAGAAGCUCGUGAAGAAGCUGCUAAAAUUGCCUACAAACACUUGGCAAUUCUAGAUGCACCAGUAAGGGGGCAGACUCCCAAAUCAGCUCUGACAAGACAAGGCUCAAGUCCUCAGCAAUUACCUGUGAAGAAACAGUCCUACAACACACCAGUGCAAAUUUUGAAAAUGGCUUGUGAAUCAGCCAGGUACAAAUACGAUUUGGAAGAAGUCUUGAUACGUGAUACACUGAAGUUCCAAUACAAAGUAAUCGUGAGGGAUAGUACUGGGAUAUUGUGUGAAGAGGUUGGAUCACCACAAGCCAGCAAAAAAGCAGCCAAACACGAUGCAGCAAGUAAAGCCAAUGCUAGACUUGGUUUUAGUUAGCCCGUAUAGCCUGGAUUUCCAAGUUUUAAAUAUAAAUAUGAUUGAAUUAUUAUACACCUUUCGUGUUAGUUUUUACUGUUUUGUGUAUAUUAUGUGAGUGACAAGUCAAUGAAAUUGCACUGCUUUGAA